CUGCGACCAUUAAGAAGAGUGCCGACGAGCUCUAGUUCGUUUGUUCAGGACUGCAACAUGAGCUCGGCCGCGGAGAACACGUCGAAGAAGACGACGAAGGUUACGAUUCCCCACACCGUCGAGCAAGGAACCACCAUCACCGGCGUGCUGGAGCAAGUUGCUCCUGAGGAGCCUUCGCAGGGAAGGAGGAUAGCAUUGGUCCUCCAUGGAGCCAUGGGCCAUAAAGACUACCUCUUCCAGAAGCGUCUUGCACAACGUCUGCCCAUAGACUCAUUUCGGUUCGAUUUUCGAGGCAACCACGAAACGCCGGGAAUCUGGAAGUACGGCCACUUCCUUGACGACGUUGCCGACCUCGAGAUCGUCGUCGCCUACCUCCAGAAGGAAUACGGAUACGUCAUAGACAUGCUCGUGGGCCAUUCUCGAGGAAGCGUCGUCUCCCUCCUGUGGAUAUGUAAGCAUAGAGAUGGCGACGCGAAGACCGUGCGGAGAUACGUGAACGUAUCUGGCCGGUAUAGAAUGACGAAAGUAUAUGAUGACAUGAACGCGAACAAGGAACAGCUUGAACGUCAAGGAUUUAUCGAGAGACGGGCAACAGUCGCUCGCAAGCCGUUCGUGGCCAGGAUCACUAAGGAAGACUACGACUCAUUUGCCUCAGUUGACACGUCGAUCGCCUGGACUCAGUUCCCAGCGAGUAUCGACGUGCUCACAUUGCACGGGCUCAGGGACGCUGUUGUCCCUCCGUAUGACGCUUUCAUAUUUGGGCGUAUAUACGGCGCACGUAGCCCUGGUACGCAUACACUUCGUUACGUGGAAGAGGCAGACCACAACUUCACUGGCAUGCCGGACGAAGUCAACGAUACUAUCCUGGAAUGGAUGGCACAACAGGAGAGAAACGAACUUACGACGGGUCUUUGGCACACUGGACUGAGGAACAAGCUGUAAGUUCUUCCUGGGGGGUAUAGAUGUUCUGCGUCUAAGCAUAGAGAGUAUCCAUAAGUGUCAUGCCGGAAUUAUGCAUAGAGAAUUAUGGGGUAUACCGCGGCGUAUCGUACAGCACGAGCUACUAUACAAACCUAGCCACAAUAUCGUAUCAUGCUACGGCAACGGCAGCCGCUGUCUGCUCCUCGGCCGGAUCCGCUAUCACCUCUUCCCUCUGUUGCUGCUGCUGCUUCUUCUCUAGCCGAGCAGUCUUCGCAGCUCUCCAGUCGAACUCAAGCCGGCCGUCCUUCUCCAUCUCCUCUUUGACGCUCACGACUAAUGUCCUUAACUCCUCCUCCUCCAUCUCCGAUAGUGCUCUUUGCCACGGCUCGACCACAGCAGUCACUGGCGACGCGGGUCCUCCACCCGCCGCAGGGAGGCAUCCAAGCCUCUCCUUCACCUCGUCCAUGACGAAGCGAAUAGGCUUGCCAUUCACGCCCGUCCAUGCGUUCAAGUUCGUCCCGUUCAGGAGCUCCUUCGCCCGCUUCUGCGCGCGGCUCGCGUACACAAGCGCAGCGUGCUCUUCGGCCUUCCCGAAGAACCUGAGUGCGGCGUCAAUCUUCUCUGGGACGUUUCCCUCUACGGCGAAGAGCGACGUUGUUGAGCUGAUCCCGGAGGUGCAGGCAGGGAGCUCCUGCGUGCGGAGGUAGUUGAUGAACUUCAUGCGCAUGGGGCGGUCAUGGAGGCGCUCCUUCGUUGAGGCCUCGUACUCUGGGGAACGAUAGCGCGCGACGAGAACGUGGAUGAAGGGCGAGGUGGCGAGCCAGGCGAAGAUAUCGUGCUGUGUCGUAAAACCUUGUCUCCACCUGUCCAUCGAGAGUCCAAAGAACGACAGGAUGUCGUCCAUAGAGUACGAGAGGUAGUACGUUUGUGGUGGGUAGGUGCGGAUCGGCUCUGCGAGCCUCAGCCCGUAAAUGCUGAAUGACAGCCCUGCUGUCUGCGCGAGGACCCCAAGGAAGAACACAAGAUCCCCAUACGACGAGCAGAAGACGGUACGCUCCCAUUGCGCGUAGUCCCCAUUCACGUUCAAGUCGACUUGGAAGGUCACCUGCGCGUCCGCGUCCCUCGCGCCUCCGUCCUGCUUGGGCUCAGAGGCAGCGGCGACGGCCUUGUGCGCCUGCGCGACCGCCUCGAACGCGUCAACAGGGAUCGCGAAGUUACUCGUCCUGUUUCCCUCCUGGGGUAUGCUGCACGUCGCGCGCAGCGCAGCCCUGACUUCCUCGUGCGUCAGGCCAUCGCGCGGGCCAGCCACGAUGAUGUCCAGGUCUCCAAAGUCGGCUUUCUCCGGGGCUUCGGGCGAGACGGUGGCGUGUGCAUAGAAAGAUUGCACGAUGGGGAGGACCUGAGCUUUCAGAGCGUUGUAGACCGCGGGGUGCAUACGCGGGAAGGUGGCGUGCGGCAGCAGCCGCUUGAAUGCGUUUCCGCCCAUGAGACAACGGAGUGCUGUGGUAGCGGAGUAGUGUGUGGGCGGUAUCAGACCAUGUCAGACCAUGACAUGCUUGUUUUAUAGGAUGGGAAUGGCCGUGGACGUUGGCAAUGAUGCCGCAGUGACUCGGUUCCGGCGCAAGUGCAAUGACGGCCUGAACUUCAUGGCGGUGGC